GGCCGGCGGGCACCCAGGCUGCGCGGUGGGCCGGGACCUGCCGGGAGCGUCGGCGGCCGCUCGGGCCCGGGAGACUCGAGCAGCCCACGGGGCAGGGCAUCUCCCCCGGGCCGGGGGGAGGGGCGACGUGUCCGGCGGAGGGCUGUGGGGUGCGGGGCAGGGCUGGAGCGCCAUGAGCAGCCCGGAUGCGGGGUACGCCAGUGACGACCAGAGCCAGACCCGCAGCGCGCUGCCCGCGGUGAUGGCCGGGCUGGGCCCCUGCCCCUGGGCCGAGUCGCUGAGCCCCCUCGGGGACAUGAAGGUGAAGGGCGAGGCGGCGGCGAGCAGCGGGGCGCCGGCCGGGGCGGCGGGCCGAGCCAAGGGCGAGUCUCGCAUCCGGCGGCCGAUGAACGCCUUCAUGGUGUGGGCGAAGGACGAGCGCAAGCGCCUGGCGCAGCAGAACCCGGACCUGCACAACGCGGAGCUGAGCAAGAUGCUGGGCAAGUCGUGGAAAGCGCUGACCCUGGCGGAGAAGCGGCCCUUCGUGGAGGAGGCCGAGCGGCUGCGCGUGCAGCACAUGCAGGACCACCCCAACUACAAGUACCGGCCGCGGAGGCGCAAGCAGGUGAAGCGCCUGAAGCGGGUGGAGGGCGGCUUCCUGCACGGCCUGGCCGAGCCGCAGGCCGCCGCGCUGGGCCCCGAGGGCGGCCGCGUGGCCAUGGACGGCCUGGGCCUGGCCUUCCCGGAGCAGGGCUUCCCCGCGGGCCCGCCGCUGCUGCCCGCGCACAUGGGCGGCCACUACCGCGACUGCCAGGGACUGGGCGCGGCCCCGCUCGACGGCUACCCGCUGCCCACGCCGGACACGUCCCCCUUGGACGGCGUGGAGCCGGACCCGGCCUUCUUCGCCGCGCCGCUGCCCGGGGACUGCCCGGCCGCCGGCCCCUACAGCUACCCGCCGGCCUCGGACUACGCGGGGCCCCCGGAGCCGCCCGUCGGCCCGGUGCACGCGCGCCUCGGCCUGGAGCAGGCGGGCCCUGCGCUGCCGGGCCACGUGGCGCCCCCCGGCGCCCUGCAGCUGUACUACAACGCGAUGGGCUCGCCGGCGGCCGGCGGCGGGCGCGGCUUCUCCCUGCAGCCGCAGCAGCACCCGCCGCAGCACCCGCCGCAGCACCCGCCGCAGCACCCGCCGCAGCACCCGCCGCAGCACCCGCAGCAGCCGUCGCCGCCCCCCGAGGCCCUGCCCUGCCGCGACGGCGCGGACCCGAGCCAGCCCGCCGAGCUCCUCGGGGAGGUGGACCGCACGGAAUUUGAACAGUACCUGCACUUUGUGUGCAAGCCCGAGAUGGGACUCCCUUACCAGGGACACGACUCUGUUGUGAACCUCCCUGACGGCCACGGGCCCAUCUCCUCGGUGGUGUCCGACGCCAGCUCGGCCGUGUACUACUGCAACUAUCCUGACGUCUGACGGCCCGGCCCGGCCCCGCGCGGUCCUGCCUGCGGGCCAGAGGCGCAGCGCCCAGCGUUACACUUCCUGCAGGGGCUGAGGAAACCCUCGGCCUCGUGUUGUUUUGUUUUUGUUUUUAAAUUGCCUAGGCAUAUAAUUUAUGGUAAUUUAUUUUGUCUGCCACUUGAACGGUUGGGGGGAGAAAAAUGUGGGGUGGUCUGUGAAGAUUUGUCCAGAUACUUCUUUCCCACAGUUGCGUUGUCAGAACCCCAUUUGAGUUUUGAGUAUGUCCCAGAAUAACUUGCUCCGUUUCCUGAAAAUUUAUUGACCAAAACCAUUUUAUCUUGGGUGUGUUUUCUCGAUCUUUAAAGAAAUAAAAUCUGGAAUCCUUUUUCACUCUG